AUGGGAAAUCAAACUUCUCAGUCUGAAUUCAUUUUGCUCGGCCUGUCAGACCUCACAGAUUCUCAGAUCCCGGUAUUCCUGCUGAUCCUCCUCAUCUAUGUGGCCACACUGGUUGGGAAUCUUCUCAUCAUCUUCCUGGUGGUCUCAGACUCCCACCUGCACACCCCCAUGUACUUUUCUUUGGGAAACCUCUCAGUUUUAGACAUCUUCAAUUCCUCCAUUUCCACAUCUCAUUUGUCUUUUGACAUCUUUACGGGAAACGGGCUGAUUUCAUACCCAACUUGUAUCACCCAAGUCUUCUUCUUCACCUGGUUUGGCAGCACUGAGUUCUUUAUACUUGACAUGAUGUCUUAUGACCGCUAUGUUGCCAUCUGCCAUCCUUUGCGUUAUACAACCAUGAUAAACAUUCGCUUGUGUGUUCAGAUAGCGUUCUUUUCCUGGCUCUUCAGAUUUGUCUGUUGUUUGGUGCACAUAUUUUGUGCACUAAGAUUGUCCUUCCCGGACCCCACCACCAUCCCAGGCUUGUUCUGUGAAUUAUAUCAGCUUCUUCAACUCUCAUCUUCUGACACUUACCUCAAUUAUUUACUUUUGUAUUUUGAAUCAUUAGACAUUGGAGUCACUAGCUUUGUCAUUACUUUCCUUUCAUAUGUUUACAUAUUCAAAACUAUCCUAAAAAUUAAACUGAAUGAUGGACGAUGGAAAGCUUACUCCACCUGCAGCUCCCACCUCACGGUGGUCUUCAUCUUUUACGGGACUGGUCUUUUCAACUAUUUUCAAUUUAAAACUACAAAUUUUCUGGCAGGCAGAUUGAUCUCUGUAUUUUAUACAGUUGUCACCCCUCUUCUAAACCCGAUUAUAUACAGCUUGAGAAACAGUGACCUAAAAAGAGCUCUUCAGAAAACUAUAUCCAGACUGAGCUCCAUGCCAUCACCUUGUAAUUGA